GCUGAGAUAGGAGGGAUGGAAACCUAUAAAACAGCUGCUGAGGUACUGCAACAAUGCAAUUCCAUCUUUGACUUCACUGGCAGGCUGGACAAUAUAAUAAAGGAAAGAACUAUCUGGCCAGCUGCAUUUCAUAGUAGCCAGAGCAAGGGAAACGACAACGAAAGGUCUGUUGGAGCUGUGUGCAUCCUACUUUUGCUGGGACUGUCACAAGACCUGGGACCCAUGUCCGUAAAUGCCCACCUGCCUUUCUUCAUCCUGGCACUUCUGCUGUGUGCCUAUGUCUGCCAUUCUCCUGCAUCAGCUGCCACUGUCCACUUCAAGGAAGGGGAAAGUUGCUACAAGCCAAUGCCACACAGGAUUCAAGGAGUCAGAACUUACCCUCGUCCACAUGAAUACCUGAAGAUGUCAGAAAUCCCCAAGAGGUGGGACUGGCGAAAUGUGAACGGUGUCAAUUACGCAAGUCCUACUCGCAACCAGGGCGUCCCACAGUUCUGUGGAUCUUGCUGGGCUCACGGCACCACCAGCGCCCUGGCCGACCGCAUCAACAUCAAGAGAAAAGGGGCCUGGCCCUCUGCUUUUCUCUCAGUUCAGCAUGUUGUGGAUUGUUCUGGUGCUGGGUCUUGCAAGGGUGGAAAUGAUAUAUUUUUGUGGUUAUAUGCCUAUCGCCAUGGCAUCCCGGAUGAGACAUGCAGCAAUUAUGUAGCUAAGGAUCAAAAGUGCAAGAAGUUUACAAAGUGUGGGACAUGUGUUAUUUUCGACAAAUGUUAUGUGGUAAAGAACUACACCCUCUGGAAAGUGGGAGAUUUUGGAUUUAUCAGCGGGCGAGAAGAUAUGAUGAGAGAAAUCUAUGCAAAUGGACCAGUCAGCUGUACAAUUAUGCAGACUCCAAAGCUGGAUGAAUACACAGGAGGCAUUUUUACUGAAUACAAUGAGACAACAAUAGCAAACCACCUUGUCAGUGUUUCUGGCUGGGGAGUAGAAAACGGAAUCGAGUACUGGAUUGUUCGCAACUCUUGGGGCGAGCCCUGGGGGGAACGCGGCUGGUUUAGAAUUGUGACGAGUGCAUAUAAAAAUGGAAAAGGCAAUAACUUCAACUUGGGUGUGGAAGAACACUGCAGUUAUGGAGACCCCAUCAUACCUUGAUCCUGCAUUUGAGCUGUCUUUGCAUGCAUGUCUUCUGAAAGAAAUCCAACAGAAUGUUGGGUUGUUGUAUGUCUUUCGGGCUGUGUGGCCAUGUUCCAGAAGCAUUCUCUCCUGACGUUUCGCCCACAUCUAUGGCAGGCAUCCUCAGAGGUUGUGAGGUAUGGAGAAAACUAAGCAAAGAGGUUAAUAUAUAUCUGUGGAAAGUCUAGGGUGAGAGAGGUCAGUAUGAAUGUAGUGUAGUUAAUCACUUAAAUUAGCAUUGAAAAGCUUAUCUGCUGUCUUCUUCCUGCCUCUGGGGCAUCCUUUGUUUAGAGUCGUUAACUGCCCUUGGUUGAUUCAUGUCUGGAAACCCUCUGUUUUCAGAGUAUUGCUUUUUAUUUACUGUUCUGAUUUUUGAGUUUUGUAAUACUGGUAGCCAGAUUUUGUUCAUUUUCAUGGUUUCUUCCUUUCUGUUGAAGUUGUCCACAUGCUUGUGGAUUUCAAUGGCUUCUCUGUGUAGUCUGACAUGAUAGUUGUUAGAAUGGUCCAGCAUUUUUGUGUUCUCAAAUAGUAUUCUGUGUCCAGGCUGGUUCAUCAAAUGCUCUGCUAUGGCUGAUUUCUCUGGUUGAAUUAGUCUGCAGUGCCUUUCAUGUUCUUU